ACCCGGUUUCACUUGCGUACUAGCGGACGAGGAAGCUAUCGUGCGGCACCUUCUCCAGAAACGAGUGUCACGGAUAAUGGGCCUCAGGUCUAUGGUGCGACAAGCCUGCUACAUGAUGAGUCGUCCGACACGCCGGUGGCAAAUCGCCAAACUGGAGAGUUGGCCACGAACUAUCUGUUGCCCGAGACAGUUCAAGAUCAGCUGAUUUCCUACGCAGCGAUACGCAGACAGGAGGAGCUGACCCUGAGAUCGGUACCAAACCUCACAAUGAAUGUGGACUUCGAUGGCGUACCCGUAGAUUUAGCAAUGCAUCUAUUAGACUUGCACUGGAACCGACAACACUUGUCAUACCUAUUGACAUAUCGCCCGGCAAUUAUGGAUAGUCUGAUGACAAAGGGUCCAUUCGUGAACAAACUGCUGUUGAACGCAAUAUACGUACAGAGCAGUCUCUACAGUGAUCGCGUAUCGCCAUUCUGUGAUUCACAAGUACCGAAUGAGAAAGGGCUGGCCUUCUACGAGCGGUUCAAGCAGCUAUUGCCUCAAUUCAUUGAUGAGCCUUCUUUUCCGACAGUCGUCGCUUUGUUGACAUGUGGAGCGUGUCUAGUUCCCUAUGGCCGUCAGAGCGCAGGCUGGGCACUUUCGGGAAUGGGCUACCAAAUGAUGAUCGACUUGGGCUGUCAUCUGGAAUGUCCCGCCACAUCCAAAGCGAGUGCCAUUGAACAAGAGAUAAAGAAACGGAUUUAUUGGGGAGCGUUUGUGAGCGAUAAGUUCCAGUCCCUGUUUCUCGGUCGGCCUCCCGUAAUGCGCGAGAUGGGCGGGAACGUGUCACGAGUAUUGAUGGACACCUUUGAGGAGAUGGAGGAGUGGAAACCGUAUAUCGAUCCUUUGGAUCAGGUCGCGUUGACUAUGCCUCAAACAUAUCAGGGUCGGCCGUCGUACGCUAUUAGCACAUUUCAAGCCCUGCUGCAGCUCUGUGUGAUUGCAGGAGACGUAAUAGAUGCUUUCUACUCCGUGAAGAGCUCAUCGGAGUCUGCGUCGGUGCUUCUGCAAACCAGACAUCGUAUCACAGAGCAGCUCAGUCAAUGGCAAGACAACCUCCCUGCGUCGCUGCAAUUUGAGCCAGGGCUGGACGCCACGCGUCCGCCUCACCAGCUAACCCCACAUGCUCUUCAUUGGACUCUUGUUAUCCUGACGGAGCAGGCGUUUCUUCGCCAUGGCCAUUUCAACUGCGCUUUGCCCCCUAACUCUGCUGAGGAGUCUCGACAGAGGUGUAUCGAGGCUGCGUUGAAGAUCUGGAAGCUUGUCGAGGCCUAUAAGCAAACCUUCACUCUCCGACGUGCACAAUAUGGCAUAUCAUAUGCGACGUAUUGCGCCGUAGUCGUUAUGCUCCAACAUACGCACCACGGCGAGAAUGACGUGAAAUGUAUCCGCUUUUUCUAUUCGGCUCUUUUGGAAUACCAAAAGGGCUGCUCGUACGGCCUGAAACGACCUUUGAAAUUGCUGAGGUCUCUCAUGCGACGGCUUGAGUCUGUGGCAAAUCUUCUUGAAGCUGAGGACAAGGCUGUCGAUGCGCCAACGCCUGGUGGUAAGCACUUGAACUCCUUUCCAUAUCGAUCUCAUCUCUAA